AGAAGUCAGAUGCUAACUGUUAGUCACCGUUAGCUUGUCCGUCUCACAAGCGCAGUUUAAUCCCGAUGUGUGGCUAGCCCAGGCGCAGGUGUCAAACAAAAUCCUAUGCUGCGAAAGGGAGGAGGUUCACGGUUAACAUUUCCUGACUGACACGGGCUUCAGAGGCACCAGAAUGGAGAGGCAGCUGCAUUUAAAUCUACUCGCCUCCAGACCACCAAUGCCCGGUGGUUUUCAGUCCGGCGGCUCCAAAAUGAAAAUGGGACCUGGUCGAAAGAGAGAUUUCACCCCACUGUCCUGGAGCCAGUACUUUGAAACAAUGGAGGAUGUUGAAGUUGAAAAUGAUAAUGGCAAAGAUAUUUUCAGGAUUUACUGCAGCGGUGCCCACGGUCCAGUGCUGCUCCUGCUUCAUGGAGGAGGACACUCCGCUCUCUCUUGGGCCGUUUUUACUGCUGUUAUUUGCAGCAGGAUCGACUGCAGGGUUGUGGCCAUGGACCUCAGAGCUCAUGGUGACUCCAAAGUAAGAGAUCCUGAUGAUCUCUCCGCUGAGACAAUGGCCAAGGAUGUUGGCAAAGUGGUUGAGUCACUUUAUGGUGAUAAUCCACCUCCUAUUAUGAUAAUUGGACAUAGUAUGGGUGGAGCUAUUGCAGUGCAUACUGCAUCAGCCAAUCUUAUACCAUCACUGAUUGGCCUGUGUGUUAUUGAUGUUGUAGAAGGCACAGCGAUGGAUGCUUUAAACAGUAUGCAGAAUUUUCUUAGAAGUCGUCCAAAGACAUUUAAAUCUCUUGAGAAUGCGAUUGAAUGGAGUGUUAAGAGUGGGCAGAUUCGAAACAUUGAAUCAGCUCGUGUGUCAAUGGGAGGUCAGGUAAAAAAAUGUGAAGAAUCCUGCAGCAGUCCAGGUGUGUCAAAAAGCAUUGGGGAAGGCAUUAUUGAAGAGGAUGAAGAGGAGGAAGUAGCAGAGGAAACAAGUAAGAAAAGGCUGAAAGAAGAUGACCCAGAAAAGGAAGAUGUGUUUACCUGGCGAGUGGAAUUGUCAAAGACGGAGAAGUACUGGGAUGGCUGGUUCAGAGGUCUCUCUGCUCUGUUUCUCACCUGCUCUGUGCCAAAACUGCUCUUACUUGCAGGAGUAGACAGACUUGAUAAAGAUCUUACAAUUGGACAGAUGCAAGGAAAGUUUCAGAUGCAGGUUCUGCCUCAGUGUGGCCAUGCUGUCCAUGAGGAUGCUCCUGAAAAAGUAGCAGAUGCUUUAGCAACAUUUAUGGUUCGGCACAAAUUCACUGAGUUUAAAGAAGGAUUUCUGUGCUAAUGUAUCAUUUCCUGUGUAACAACAGAAAAUGAUACAGGAAAGAUCCCCAAACUCAUCAUCAGAACCACAAUCCUGCAAUUCAGCAGCAAUUAAAUACAUUUAUUAUUAUUAUAGGUAUUAUUUUUGUGUAGAUACUUUGCCUCUCAGCUUUGCCUUAUUUGUAUUUAAAAUAAUGGAUUUGAUUGUAAUUUUCUUUUUUCUUUCUUUUUUUUAU